CUACAGUCUAUUUAGUAUCGAGAUCAGAUUCUUAUAGUUGUCCUCAGCGAGUGCCUCUCACAGAGGACAAAGUAGGGCCCGUUGUCAGACGAUUAUCACAGCAAUCAGAACGACGGAAAUCAGAGGAACGUCGCAAAUCAAUAGCAUCACUUGAGAAGGCAGCAGUAGCUGAACAAUUCACAUAUAUGCAGCAAGGAAAAUUACCCACCAACCGACAGAUACACUCCAUCAUUAGCAGGUUCUUGAACAGUGAUGUGAUUAAAGAACAGCCGAUAUCAGAAGAUGGACAGUAUGUGCUCAAAGAUAUACGAGGUCUUUUAGACGUGCUCCAAAGGGCGCUUGAUACUAAAAACCCAGAUGAACUCUUGCAAUCCAUGAUUUUCCAUGCAAAGCGAGCAUCCGAAUUACAAGACAUGGAACCUUCAGGAGUGAAGCUCUUGACGACUUUAAAAGUGAUCAGGCACUGUCUAUUUGACUCACGCUUCAGAUCUCUAUUGAGCACCAUAUUGUUAAUCGCUCAGAACAUUCUAUCUAAAAACGCCGCUAGCCACUCAAAUGACAAAGGGAAAGGUGUAGCUGAUAGGAUAUUACCUGAGCAUGUUGUAGAAGAUCUACGAGGCUCGAAUCCAGACCUCUUGCGGAAUAAUGACGUUAAUGAGGACGACCUUAUUUCUCAUUUGAAAAACAUAUUUGAUCUAGUUAAAGAAAACCCAGAGUACAAAUCAUCACUUGAAGCAUUGUUGACACUCGUCGUCAUCUGGACCAUCCGUCUGUCCUCUCAGCCUAUAAAGCAACUAAGCAACCAAAACGGUGCAGGCAAAGCCUUUGAUUACACUAAUCCGAAUUUGAAUAUACCGGAUUGGGAAUUGGCAGCUCUAGAAGCUAAAAGAAUCCUCGAAAGGUGGUCAAGAGAUAUUCGACUUGAUCCAUUCAUCAAGGACUUGAAUAACUUGGCAUGCAUUGUAAAAACAGAUGAGAAGCUGUAUGAUUUGUAUAUUAAAGCGAGAAUACUUAUACAUGAAACGCUGGAUGAUGAGUUCAAUAAAAGCUCUUGGUCGUCAUUUAUUCAAGAGAUUCAAGACUCUGGUGUCGUCAACAGUUAUCAGAAAAUGAUGACGAAUCUUAUUCAUGAAGCUCAGAGUAACAUACAAGCCUUUAAGGAAGAUCCUCUCUCAAAAGAAAUAUCACAAAGACUUCAAUCGAUCCAUCAACGUCUGUGGUAUACUAAAUGGAAUGGAAUGGCCACUUUGAAGCCUCACUUGUUGGAUGACCUUAAGAUGACAUUGCUUCCUGCACUCAUCGAACAGAUCAAAUAUGUUCCUUUGCCUCCAUUUACCAUUCGUGAAAGUAAAGAAAAUACAAUGGUCAUUAGCAAUAUGGUUCUGUCGGGCGAUACAUUAAUGCCUGAGACUAUUGAACUAAAGUUGGAUGACAACUUACGCUUCCACCCAAAGUCCAAAGUAGUAUCAACCAGUGUUCAAGGUUUACUCCUCCAUCUUUAUGACAUAGAGACGAUCAUGGAAGACGUUAAAUUUCAGUACAAGCGUAAAGUCGGAUUCUUUGAUAUAACAGACUUGGGGGUUGCUACGGUUCACAUUCAUGGGCUAAAACUAUCCGUGAAAGUGGCAAGUGACUCUAUGGAUAAACUGCAUCGGUUCCAGUUACAGCACUGCUUCUGUCACAUCAAUAAACUUGACAUAAGAAUAAAGGAAAGCAAGCAUGGAAACUUUUAUAAAGUAUUCAAUCCUGUAUUGACAAAUGUUGUCAAGCGCCAAAUUACAAAGGAAAUCGAAAACAAAGUUAUUGGAAUAUUUCAUAAAGGAGAUGAAAAGUUAACCAAGCAUCUGGGUGGCAGAAGAAAUAGUAAAAACAAAGACAAGAGGCGUGGUAGCUUCUUUUCACAAGUAGCACAAGUAGUCAAUCAUAAGUUUGCUAAUGGUCUUAAAUAAAUGUGGUUAUUAUUCUUUAUUAUCUAUGAUUUUAUAUUUUCUCUUUACACAAUGUCAUUUAUAGGACAAGAU